ACAGGGACCGUUCAGGACACGGGUGGUCUGUGCGCACAACAGGGACAGUUCAGGACACGGGUGGUCUGUGCGCACAACAGGGACAGUUCAGGACACAGGUGGUCUGUGCGCACAACAGGGACAGUUCAGGACACGGGUGGUUUGUGCACACAACAGGGACAAUUAAGGACACGGGUAGUCUGUGCGCACAACAGGGACAGUUCAGGACACGGGUGGUCUGUGCGCACAACAGGGACAGUUCAGGACACGGGUGGUCUGUGCGCACAACAGGGACAGUUCAGGACACGGGUGGUCUGUGCGCACAAUAGGGACAGUCCAGGAUACGGGUGGUCUGUGCACACAACAGGGACAGUUCAGGACACGGGUGGUCUGUGCGCACAACAGGGACAGUUCAGGACA